GAAAUACAACCUGAUGCACAUGAAGUGCCAGACUUGGUUUCAGAAGUGUUGAACUUUUCAGCAGGUUCUAUUAAUAAAGAAGAGAAGCAUGAUAUUGAUUCUUCUUUGCCUGAUGCAGAAUAUACGUCAUCUGAACAAUCAAUGGCUGUUUCAUCAGACUUUAUUGAUGAAACCGUGAUGCAAGAAAAUCAGUCUUAUUCAGCUGAAGUAGACAGUUUCCCAUCAACACAGUUAAAAACCACCGUAGUUAGGCCUUUUAAUGAAACAGAGAAUCUAGAAAUUCAAGCCUAUGCUUUUGAGGAAACUGCUUUGUUGUCAGAAGAGUCAAAAACUGGCUCAGCUGAUCCUAUAAAUAAUAACGAAGCAGACAAGCAAGAAAUUCAGUCUUUUCCAAAUGAAGCUGAAUACUUUGAAUCAAAACAAUUUCCAGGUAGACUUCAGACAGCACGUACAGCCCAAAGUACUAAUGAGAAUAAAUCAGACAUGACAAUGGUAUCUGAUUUUGUUUCAAAUGAAGCUUCCCGUAAUCUUCUAUCAGAGCCUAUUAAUGAAACCCACACACAUAAUUUAUACUCCUCACUACCAGGUAAUCCAGUCUCAGAUAAAAAUGUAAAUAAUGUAACAGUAACUAGCAUUGGAGACCUUUCAACAGCAGAAGAAAUACAGCAUUUUUCAAAUGUAGAAGCAGGGUCAAAAGAGCCUGAACAUUAUCUACCGAGAGAAGAGAAAUUAACAGAACAUGUGCACUCUGCAGAAGAAUCCAAAUAUACUCCAGAACCUGAUGAACAAAAAGAUAUGUUUAAUAUCAUUUCAGAAGGUUAUGAGAUAUUGAACAUUCAUGCUGUCCCACUCAUUUCUUCAGUGGAUGAAGAAGAAAGCAAACACAUGCCAGAUAAACUAGAAUACUUAGAAACAAAUACCCUCAUUAAAACAAAACUGUCUGAUUGUGGUGACCAUGAAGCGUCAGCAUAUGGAACAGUUACAGAAAUUUCAGAAAACUCAGUGGCAGAUGACACUGGAGUUAAAGAUAUGGAACAAAAAGAACUUGUUGAAGUAGAUGCUCAGGAAAUUGUAGAAACAGAGGAGGAAAUUUCCACUGUGUCAGAAAAUAAAAGUGGUGAAGUUUUGAAUCCUAAUGAGAGUACCAUUGAGAUGGAUUAUUUUGAGAAGGGCUAUCUCCCUUUGAUGCUGUAA